CUGGCCGCCAUCAGCAGCACCCGGGCGAAGCGAGUUGUGGGACAGGCCCCCAACCGCCCUGUUCUUAGCCCUCCACUGGUUAAGAAAGGUGGCGUUCCCGCGUUUCAUGGUGGCACCUGGGCAAAGACAUCGUCUUAAUUAUGUACUUGGAAGACAGUACAUACUCCCUGGAGUGAUCGCAGCUCAGAAUCUCCGGAAGAGAGAGCGUCCCUUCUAUGUUUUCAGGCCCGUGACCAUGUUCUUGCGCGGCUCUUCGGGCGACAGGGAGGCCUGCACCAGCUGGCGAACCAGGGCCCAGAGAGGCGUUUGCGGCUGGACAGUGGCUGCAAGCCCGUCACACAUUGCCAACCCCCCAAGCCUCCACUCAACGGCUGAUCGCCGCCUUUCAUCAGUCACGCCCAUCGUGGCCCGCCGUGAGACAGUCGGUAGACGGUCGUCGUGGAGGGCCGAGGGGCGUGUCGAGUCUCCACAAGAUUCAGAGCCAUGCCCAAAUGUCACAUACGGUGAGAUCCCUUCUUCGACAUGCCAAUUCACCAGAUCUUAUUGUGAGGAUACUCCGAUUCUCGAAUCCGUCGGCAAGGGUGCCGUCAUUCACAGUACUGUAUAACGAGCUUCGUACGGAGUACUAGUUCUCAGCACACAGCCGGGAGAACGUUAUGUUAUCCACCAUAAGCCCCGGUACAUUAGUCCCCA